UCCCUCAUGUGACCUAUCUGUUUUGUUGGCUCUUUACCUUACGUGAGUUGAUUAUGAAUGAUUGAUUUUAUAAAGACUUGUGAAAGGCGUUUAUGCUGUUGAACUUUUUCCUCUCAUCCUAUUUUCCUCAUCCGAGGUCUGAAUUGUUUGUGUUGAUUAUGUGAAUUGCGAAACAUUUGGGCUGCGUGAGAGUGCUGUGGUGGUCAUAGUGAGUAUCUCAGAGAGGUUUGAGAAUUGAGCAACAUCAGAAUGGCCCUCUCUAGUAAUCCCUUUAAGCACCUUUUAAAAACUCUGGAUGUUGAAGGGGAGAAAUAUGAAUACUAUGACUUGCUGGCAUUGAAUGAUAAAAGAUAUGAUAGACUCCCAUUUUCUAUCCGAGUUUUAUUGGAAGCUGCUGUACGAUGCUGCGAUAACUUUCAAGUGAAAGAACAGGAUAUCCAAAAUAUAUUGGAUUGGGAAAAUCUGCAGCAUAAAGAAGGGGGUGUCGAAGUAGCAUUUAAUCCCGCCCGAGUAAUUCUUCAAGAUUUUACUGGUGUACCAUGCGUUGCGGACUUUGCUGCUAUGCGAGAUAUAGUUAAGAAACUUGGAGGUAAUCCAGAAAAAGUAAAUCCACUCUGUCCAGCUGAUUUAGUGAUUGAUCAUUCAGUUCAAGUUGAUUUUUCUGAAAGCACUCUCCGUGACAGCCCUAACCCUGGUGGUGGGAGCCGACUGCCUUCGACAAUCGAGAAAUGUCAAUAUGGAGCUUCCUUAAGGCAAGAAAGUGAAAAUCUUGCUGCCAGAUUUAAUCGUUGCUCAAAUAGUGCGCAAAGUGAACAUAGUAUGAAGUCGCCACAUACACUUAAAUGUGAAAAUGAAAGCAGGAUCUGGAGAAGGAGUAGUAAUGACAUUGGCUUAUCUAAUUCAGCUUCGCAUUUAAAAAGAAAUCUUCCAAAUCCUAUUGUCUCUCCUCAUCCUCAUUUACCUCUACAGUACAGAGACUGCCCAUUCCAUAAUGCAAGAUCAAUAGGUUCAGAUGCUCUUGAAAAAAAUCUUGAUUUAGAAUUUGAAAGAAACAAAGAAAGAUUUAUGUUUUUAAAGUGGGGUGCAAAAGCUUUCAAAAACAUGACCAUAGUUCCACCUGGAUCUGGAAUAUGCCACCAAGUGAAUUUGGAGUUCCUUGCAAGGGUUGUUUUCAACAACAAAGGUUUAUUAUAUCCUGAUAGUUUAGUUGGAGCAGAUUCUCAUACAACAAUGAUAAAUGGUCUUGGAAUUGUUGGAUGGGGUGUUGGUGGCAUAGAAGCUGAAGCAGUAAUGCUUGGACAAGCUAUUAGUAUGGUCUUACCACAAGUAGUUGGGUAUAAACUGACUGGAAAAUUAAAUUCUUUAGCAACAUCCACAGAUGUUGUUUUAACCAUUACUAAGCAUUUGAGGCAAAUAGGGGUUGUCGGAAAAUUUGUGGAAUUCUUUGGUCCAGGUGUUGCUGAAUUAUCCAUAGCUGACCGUGCUACAAUUUCCAACAUGUGUCCUGAAUAUGGAGCAACUGUUGGUUUCUUCCCAGUAGAUAAUAAAAGUAUACUUUAUUUGCAACAAACUGGUCGAGAAGAAAAACAUUUAAGUUAUGUCAAGAAAUAUUUAAAAACUGUACAUAUGUAUAGAAAUUAUAAUAAUUCAGUUCAAGAUCCUGUAUUUUCUCAAGUUGUUACAUUAGAUUUGAGUACUGUUGUGUCUUCCGUUAGUGGACCAAAACGACCUCAUGAUCGAGUACCUGUACAGGAGAUGAAACAAGAUUUUCAAGAUUGUCUUGUAAAUAAGGUUGGUUUUAAAGGCUUUGGUUUAACCCCAGAAAAACUUUCUGCUUCUGUUCCAUUUAUGUUUGGUGACAAACAAUUCUUCCUUCAACAUGGUGCUGUAGUUAUUGCUGCUAUUACAAGUUGUACAAAUACUAGCAAUCCCUCUGUUAUGCUUGGUGCUGGUUUGCUGGCAAAAAAAGCUGUUGAGAAAGGUCUAAGUGUCUUACCAUAUGUCAAAACCAGUAUGUCUCCUGGAAGUGGUGUGGUUACUUAUUACUUACAAGAAAGUGGUGUUAUCAAGUUCUUGAAAUUGUUAGGAUUUGAUGUAGUUGGGUAUGGUUGCAUGACCUGCAUAGGAAAUAGUGGUCCUCUUCCAGAGUGUGUUGUAGAAGCCAUAGACAUGGGCGAACUUGUUGCCUGUGGAGUUUUAUCAGGCAAUAGAAAUUUUGAAGGCCGAAUUCAUCCUCAUACAAGAGCCAAUUACCUAGCAUCUCCUCUGCUUGUUGUGGCCUAUGCAUUAGCUGGAACAGUGAACAUAGAUUUUGAAACAGAACCGAUUGGUAAAGGCACAGAUGGACAAGAUGUCUUUUUAUGUGAUAUUUGGCCUUCCAGAGAAGAAAUUCAAGAAGUUGAAGCCAAACAUGUUCUUCCAGCCAUGUUUCAAGAAGUGUAUUCCAAAAUCCAGUUUGGAAAUCAACGAUGGAAUUCUUUACAUGUACCUGAGAGUGAUUUAUAUCCAUGGGAUGUGAAAUCUACUUACAUACGUCCUCCACCAUUUUUUAACUCAAUGGCAGUUGCUUUACCUGUAAUGAAAGACAUUGAAAAUGCUAGAGUACUUCUGCAUUUAGGAGAUUCUGUCACCACUGAUCACAUAUCACCAGCUGGUAGUAUAUCACGUAACAGUCCUGCUGCAAGAUAUCUAGCUAACCAUGGCUUAACACCGAGAGAAUUUAAUUCAUAUGGUGCUCGCAGAGGAAAUGAUGAAGUGAUGGCUCGAGGAACUUUUGCAAACAUACGUCUUCGUAAUAAAUUCCUAAACAAAGCCGCUCCAAAAACAAAGCAUAUAGAAAGUUCCGUUGAGAUGGAUGUUUUUGAUGCUGCAGAGAAAUACAAAUCUGAAGGCAAGCAAUUGAUCAUCAUAGCUGGAAAAGAUUAUGGAUGUGGUUCAUCUCGAGAUUGGGCAGCUAAAGGGCCAUAUCUUUUGGGUGUACGUGCGGUCAUAGCAGAAAGCUUUGAGCGAAUCCAUCGUAGUAACCUUGUAGGCAUGGGAUUGAUACCACUUCAGUUCUUACCUGGAGAAAAUGCUGACUCUCUUGGGCUGACUGGUUAUGAGCUGUAUUCAAUUCAUAUUCCUGAGAACCUAGUACCUGGGCAGAAAACCGUUGUGCAGCUGAAUGAUGGGAAAUCCUUCGAGGUGAUUGUUCGCUUUGAUACCGAAGUUGAAUUAACAUAUUUUCGCCAUGGAGGCAUAUUACAGUACAUGGUGCGACAAAUGUUACAAACUGCAUAAUAGAAGUGACAGAUUUGGCUUCUUUUCUUUUUUUUUUUACUUUGAAUAUUUUUUGAUUAAAGGUGGAAGUAAAAGAAAGUAUAUUAAUUCAUUCUUUUUCCUAUUUUGAUGACAGAUAUAUAAUUUAGAUGGAUGAAUUAUUUAUUAAUUUAUUACAUUCAUUUAGAUAUUUUUUAAGAAUUAUUUUGUUUGAAAUUUAUUUAUUGACUUUAAUGAUUCUUUGUAUUGUGCGGGGAAAAUAUACUCUGAAUAUUGAUUUAAAUUAUUUGUCAGAAAAUGUAUUGUUUUUAUAAUUGACAAUUAUUAUUUAAAAUUUUAUUAUAUUCUUUCAAAAAAUAUUCAAAAAUAGUUCUUUUAUUACUUAUCAUAAAUUUCAAGGUGAAUAUGAAUUUUAUACCUGAUGCUUUAUUUCUGUGUAAGACAUGAGAUAGUUGUAUUAAUGAUUCUAUGCGCAUGUGUUUAUGAAUUUCAAGAAUUUGACUUCCUAUUAGUCACAAAAAAUUAAUUUUUUAAUAAAAUUUUACCAAAAAUCA